AUGUACUCAGACGAGAAUAUUCAAGCCAUGUCUGUCUCACGCUCCGAGUCGCAGACUUCGCAAUCUGGUAGUCGUAGAAGGUCCAACACCGCACAGUCUGUCUACAAGAGCACGCCAGCGUCGGUGACUCCUCUCAAGUUUGGCGACUCCAAAACCCUGACCACAUGGGUGCAUGAUCCCAAAGAGUCACCGAAUGCAAUUCUCAACCAGUCGUGGUGGCCAGGUGUAGCAGAAGGCGACAUGAUCAAACUGUCUGCUAACCCCGCUGAAGGCGCGUCGGGCUACCUUUUUAUCGUACAGAAAGACGAGGGUAUGGUCAAGCACCAACUACAGGUGUCUGUUCCAAGACCCGUAGCGGAGAAGUUUGGCUUGAGGAACUAUGGCGAGGUGACGCUUACGAAAACAGACAAGGGGAAAUGUUGCGCGGAGUAUAUUGAGCUGACGUUUCAGGACCAGUAUCUAGGACGCAACGAAAUGUGGCGAUUGAGCUCUCAUCUCGCAGGCCAGUGUGUAUACUCGGAACAGGAGAUAUCCUUCAUCGGGGUCAUUGCCGCGAAAGUGCAGGGAAUCUAUGUAGACGGGAAGCAGGUCUCCGCGGCUUACGUGACGUCAUCCACGAAAGCUAUCUAUCGUUCUCUGUCUGCGAAGAUCACCAUCUUUAUCCAAGUGUGCCAAGAGCUAUGGGAAUUCGCGGGCGACGGCGAGCGUUACAAUGAGAAGAUUGCGCAUUCCUUCCUCCCAGCGCUGUUCGCAAAGUGGCGCGAGGCGGGGACCAACCACAUCGUGACUAUCGUGCUAAUCUCGCGUGUGUUCUACGACCAUUCGGAGAUUGACUACGCUGCCGGACCACUGAGGCAGGAUGACGAGGGCAGGUGGUACAAGGACUUCUUCAAAGUUAUUACCGAUCUGGAGGUGCUAUAUGACUGGAAACCGACGCUGGUGGGCCUGAAGGAUUCGUUCUGGGCGUUUCAGCGUGACAUCCUACUGGCACACCACUACCACCGUGCGUCGCCGUCGGAGCUGCCCGAUCAAGUGCGCCUAGUAGGCCAUCUCUCGUUCGCUCACGAUGGGCCCAUUCUCGAGGCGAUCAAUCUAGGACUCAAUCCGACGGAAACGCACUAUGUCGACCGUUCACUGUCACUUACCGGUUCGUCCACGAUACUCAUUACGCCUGGAACUGGCUAUUACCGCGUCUCGAAACGACUUCUCCGUCUUACAACGACUCGGAUGCUGGAUCAAGGUUUCGCACUGCACCUGGUGUCGCUCGCAAAGGCCCCUCUGCACCAAAGCCCUGUCUUCUGCUUCAAAGGGACGGAGCCCGACGGGAGAAUGGACACCAGCGGAAAGGUCUCUUCGCGGACGUUUGACCCCCUGUGGGGCGGCGAUGAUGAUUCGAGCGAGAUGUCUGAUCGCGACAAGGCCACGUUCUGGUGGGAGCCGUUCUGGAUGACGGCGUCCUUCUGGGACAGACAGAUGGAUCAUCCCUUCAGGGAAGACAGGUUCAUUGCCCGGGCGAAGAUGCACGAGAUAGAAAUGCUCGGUCUGCUAGACCACGACGUUCUAUCCAGCAUUGAGAUCCCAUUCUUGCCCAAGUCGACGCGCAUUCCGGCUGAUACGCGCAAGACCGACACAAUCUCCCAGGAAGAAGCAGAUCAAUUCGAUAUCGAUGUCUUCGCUCCUCCUCAAAAUCUUGCGUCUUUCCCGACCAGUCGCAAUUCGCUGGCCUCAUUUGCCAGCGCUGCAAACACCAAUGCGUCUGUUCGCGUAGGCGAGGGCUCAAAGAGGUCGUCACUGCAGAGAAUAUCUGAAGUCUCUAGAAUAGGCCUCAGCGAGGAAAGUCCGCGAGGCGCUCCGCUGAACCUGCCUCAUGACGGGCUACCAUCUGACCUUGAAAACAAGUUCUUGACCGCCCCGAUGGGCACGCUGAGUACUUCGCCUUCACAGUCUUCCAUCCGUUCCGCCCGAUCUGCAAGAUCUCACAGAAGUACGGCUUCCGCGAGUUCAUCGAAGACUGCGCAUUCGCGUCAAACGGCGCAGAAACCUGCGAAGUCAAAAUUCACUUCGUCGUGGCUCUUUAGCCCUUUCAGGAGUGGGUUGAGCCAGCCGCAGACAUCUGCUGUAUCCGCGUCUACAAUCAGUAGCCCAACGAGUCCUGAGCACACUACCUCCGGUCAAACGAGUUCUACGGCACCUACCGCGGUACCAAUGUCCAAGGCCCGGUCGCCGCAACCUAUGACGAUCAGACCCCUUCCCGUGAGUCGCUCACCAGAGAAGAGUACAGUUGAGGAAGAACCUCUACUGUCCCACCGCAGUUCUCUGGCUCGUUACUCUCCGAUCAACACCCCACCUCGAGAUGAUUCGCUAGGGAAACGUUGGAGUGCGAUCGUGAAUAGCUCAAUGGCUCCUUCUCUCUUUCCAUCGUCUCCUGGAUUCAGAACUAACCCAUGCAAACCGCUCCCAUCGAUUUCGUACGCUCAGUCUUCUUUGGCCAGGCGUUGGCAGCAUAUGUUUCCGCAGCCACUUUUGAAGCACCACAUCAAGUGGAAGGGUAUGGUCACGCCUGGGUGUCUUCCUCUGACUAUUGAGCAUUUCCCAACGGCAUCGGAGCUGGAGACGUCGUAUGAUGUAUUUUCCUAUGACUUCGUCGUUGACCCUCCCGAGAUGCGCUCAUUUCUCGUGAAACCACCAAAUGCCACUGACGGCCCAGACGAACUUCGGCGCGCCUGGGCACUGGUAGUCAUGCGAGGUAUGGUAGCUCUGCGGCUAGCGCAAGGCUUCCAGUUCGUGUUGCAUCCAUCUAGGAGGGAAAAUAAGACAGAUGUUGUCAACGUACUUCGCCGUAGCACGUCGUACGCCACGGAAGAUGAGAUGAACCCGAAACCAACCGGCGCUGCACAGGUGCUCAUAUCCACACACGAUCACGCACAAGUGCUCAGCUCCACGCGCGAUCCAGUGUAUCUCAGCAUGAGCAGCGAAAUUCACCGCAUUGCGUACAGCGGUGAUUCGAUACAAGUGCGCCGUUACGUCCGUAGGAUGCCCAGGGCACACCCAUUUAAAUACCAGUGCCUCAUAUGGCCGAAGCUCGGCGUUGGCUACACUGAGCUGUCAACUUCGUUCUCGUCGCACGGUUUGGAGAACUACGGUUGGAAUCGGCUCGACAUGCUUGUUGCAGGAUACGAGAAUCAGUUCAGCGAAUCUCUCCGCUAUUGGCGCACCCGUUUCGUUGUCAUACCGACGGAUGAGACUCAGUUUAAUAAUGUGGGUCCAAUGGGAGAGAAGAUGAAUGACGAAGAGGUUCGCCUGCUUGGCAUAGACAGGUUGGCAGAGAUGUUCUCCAAAGCGCGAUGGCAACCACGCGAAGACCGCGGAAAGUCGAUUCCUCCAGUGCGAUUCCUCCCGACGGAUUUGGGUCCUUCAUCAUGUGUUCUUGACGAGAAUCUCACUGCACAGCUCGACGAGAUACAUGCUGCCGGGCCGUUGCGGAAGAAGAUGAAGAGCGAAAGGGAAAUCAGCACAAUGUCCCUGUCAGCGAUUGCCAAAGCGAUGCGAGAGGAAGAUGGUGUCCCCAUCAAGGACUACAGAUGGCACGAGAACAAAUACGCCAACUCAUUUGUUGGUUCCGACUUUGUCUCAUGGUUGGUGCGUGAGUUCCGUGAUGUUUCCACACGGGAGCAAGGUACAGAGUGGGGAGCCAGGCUGCAAGAGCAGGGCUUGUUUGAUCAUUGCAGAGGCACACACGGCUUCUUAGACGGUCAUUACUUUUACACCUUGAGGGGAGAGUAUAUCGUUCCCAUGACGCCACGAGGCGGUUGGUUCCGUUCCGCUCGUCAUGUAUCGGGAGAAGAGUCAAAGACACAAUCGGGGCUAAACUCCCCCAGCGCUGCAAAGCCAUCACCGUUCUCUGGCAGAAGAACGAAGAAACGGCUUAUCAUGAGUCAAAGUAUGGUCAUAGAUAUUGAUCCUAACAAGCGGAGUGAUCAAGCAGAGUCAGUCAUCCUGCAUCACGACAUCAUUCACAAUCCUGCAACGUGUUUUCACUUCGAGCUACAAUGGAUUGGUACAACUGCAAGGUGCAUUGACGACAUUCUCCGCCAAUGGGGCCGGACGAUCGAGCGCUAUGGCCUUAAACUGGUUGAAGCCUACGUGACCCAGAUUAGCGACAUCAGGGAAUGCAAUCCGUUCCAAUCUUGCUUUCCAGUUCCUCUUGCUUUGCCACCGCCCACGCUUCCCGAUCUGGACAAGCGUGUCGCUGAAGGAGUCCAGACGAAGCACUACUUCGAGUACGCUCUACUCCGCAAGUGUGGAUUUGUGCUAGAUAUCGAGGCAGCAGACCUAUACCCCGAUCAGGUGGAUGUUGUCUAUUCCUAUCGCCGCUCGCCGUUCAGGUACUCGCAAUGGGUUCAUCACUCAGGUGUUGCAUUCGUGCAAGUCUUGGGAGGCUGUGAAGGAUUUUUGUUCUUGACAAAUCGGCUCAUGGCUGCGGGUAGGAUUGGAACAACACUGAAGUAUCAAAGGCCUGCGGCCGCUGCCGAAGAUAUCCGGAUCAUGCUGCAGAAAACGUGCGAGGACAAGAACGAGCUUGCCCGGUUUUAUGAUGAAGAGUUGGCUCGAUUAAGUCGUGUUCCUGAAGAACCUCCACCCCUCCGCAUAUAA